AUGGCUGGCUACUUUGGAUUCCGCUUCCUGUACAGGAAUCAGCCUCUGUCGCUAUAUUUUUACGCCGUGCCGCGCCUGGGCCUGAACCUGAUGGGCUUCUGGCCCGGACCGCUGCAGUGGCGGGCGCUCGUCCAUUUUCUGAUCCUGGCAAUUGGCGUGACCACCGAGCUGCAUGCGGGCUUCUCGUUUGCGCGAGCGGGCGAGAUUACCAAAGCCCUGGAGACGUUCUGCCCGGCGGGCACCUCGGCCGUCACCUUGCUGAAAAUGUUUUUCAUGCUCCGCUAUCGUCAGGAUCUCCUAUACGUGCUGACCCGUCAGCACCAGCUGCUGUUCCAGAAGAAGCCCCAAACGGCCGAAAAGCAGCAGCUAAUGCGUCAUCAUUCCGAAAUGGCAGCCCGCUUCAACUUUUGGCCCCUAUCCGCCGGCUUCUUCACGUGCACCAUGUACAAUCUGAAGCCAAUGCUCUUGGCCAUGCUCCUGUAUCUGCAGGGACGGAGCGAUGCGAUUGCCUGGACCACCACACCUUUCAAUAUGACCAUGCCCCGCUGGCUACUCCAUGCCCCGUACUUUCCGUUCACGUACAUGUUCAUCGCGUACACCGGCUACGUAACCAUAUUCAUGUUUGGCGGCUGUGACGCCUUCUACUUUGAGUUUUGCGUCCAUAUUGCCACGCUCUUCAACUUUCUGCAGGCGGACACACGUGCGAUAUUCCGGCCGUACAAGGGACUCGCACAGAUAAGCGGCUUGCGCAGCAGACGCUUCGAGGCCUCUCUGGUGCAGCUGAUCGAGCGACACAACAAGAUCUUUGAGCUGACCCACUUCUUCCGGCAACGCUAUGUGAUCAUCACACUGGCCCACUUUGUGUCCGCCAGCAUGGUGAUCGGCUUCAGCAUAUUCGAUCUGCUGACCGCCGGCGGCAGCGGCUUGGGCACCCUGCUCUAUGUUGGCUACACUGUCGCCGCCCUCAGUCAGCUGCUCAUCUACUGCUAUGGCGGCACUCUGGUCACGGAGAGCAGCGCUCAAUUGGCCACCGUGAUGGGCACCUGUCCGUGGCACCUGUGCCUGCCCAAGCAUCGGCUCUAUGUCUAUCUCUUCAUCAUGCGGUCGCAGCGUGCCCUCACCAUGGCCGUGCCAUUCUUCUCGCCCUCGUUGGGCACCUUUGCCGCUAUACUGCAAACAUCUGGUUCCAUUAUCGCACUGGCCAUGUCUUUUCAGUCCUGAGCUCCUCAUCUACCGAAUCUUUAUUGUUUAAGCACUUGAUCAAAAACAAUUUAAAAUAUAUAACUCUGAAGUGU